AUUGUGCCUGAUCUGCAGCAGAUCUGUGAGAUCAUGCUCUUCUCUGAGGGCUUCCUCAUGGCCAAGGUGCUGGCAAAGAAGAUGACGGUACUGUACAAGCUGGCUCGUGAACAGCUGUCCAAGCAGUCUCAUUAUGACUUUGGUCUGCGCGCUCUGAAGUCUGUGCUCGUGAUGGCAGGAGAGCUGAAGAGAGGCUCGCCAGACCUCCACGAGGAUGUGGUUUUGAUGCGAGCUCUCAGGGACAUGAACCUGCCGAAGUUUGUGUUUGAGGAUGUGCCUCUAUUCCUCGGGCUGAUCUCAGAUCUGUUCCCUGGGCUGGACUGUCCUCGUGUACGCUAUCCAAACUUCAAUGACGCUGUGGAAGAGAUCCUACAAGACAACAAAUAUGUCCUAAUCGCUAACCAGGUGGAUAAAGUGGUGCAGUUGUAUGAGACGAUGAUGACCAGACAUACUACCAUGAUUGUUGGCCCAACAGGAGGAGGGAAAUCAGUUGUGAUCAACACCUUAUGUCAAGCUCAAACCAAAUUGAGUUUGCACACCAAGAUGUAUCCUCUGAACCCUAAAGCCAUGAGUGUCAUCGAACUUUACGGUAUUUUGGACCCUGAAACUCGAGACUGGACUGAUGGGAUCUUAUCCAACAUCUUUCGGGACAUCAACAAGCCCACUGACAAAAAAGAGCGGAGGUACAUCCUGUUUGAUGGCGACGUGGAUGCUCUAUGGGUGGAGAAUAUGAACUCGGUAAUGGAUGACAACAGGCUCCUCACUCUCGCCAAUGGAGAACGGAUCCGUUUGCAGAAUCACUGUGCCUUGCUGUUCGAGGUUGGUGAUCUGCAGUACGCCUCUCCUGCUACUGUUUCCCGCUGCGGGAUGGUUUUUGUCGACCCAAAAAACCUGCGGUUCUCCCCGUACUGGCAGAGAUGGGUGAUCGACAGACCUGGAGGGGAACAAGAAGUGCUGAACAAAUUGUUUGAGAAAUAUGUGCACAGCUCCAUCGACAUGAUUGUGGACGGUAUUGUUGACGGCAAACAGGGACAGAAACUGAAGACUAUCGUGCCUCAGACAGAUCUGAACAUGGUGACCCAGCUGUGCUUGACACUGGAUGCACUGCUGGAGGGUGAGCCCAGCAGUGCUGAUGUCAUGGAGUGUUACUUCCUGGAAGCUCUGUACUGUUCCCUCGGGGCCACACUGCUGGAGUCCAGCAGGAUCAAGUUUGACGAGUUCAUCAAAAAGCUUUCCUGUUUAACCGCAGUGCAUGAUGAGAGGAGUCUGGCUGGACCGGGUGAGAUCCCAGGAUACCUCCCAACCCUGUAUGAGUUCCACUUUGAUGGAACGCAGCAGAAGUGGGUCCCCUGGAGUUCUCUCGUCACCAAAUACAUCCACAACCCUCAAAUGAAGUUUGCUGAUAUUCUAGUGCCGACUAUCGACACCACCCGAGCCAGCUGGAUCCUGGAACAGAUGGUGAAGAUUAAGAGGCCUGUGCUUCUAGUCGGAGAGUCCGGCACCUCCAAGACCGCCACCAUCCUUAACUUCCUGAAGAACCUGAAUGCAGAUACAACAAUCACUCUUAUCAUCAACUUCUCAUCUAGAACAACUUCAAUGGACCUGCAGCGGAACCUGGAGGCCAAUGUGGAGAAGAGGACCAAAGAGAUCUACGGACCCCCGAUUGGAAAGCGACUGCUGGUCUUUAUGGAUGACAUGAACAUGCCAAAGGUGGAUAGUUACGGAACACAGCAGCCUAUCGCCCUUCUCAAGCUGUUAUUGAACCGAGGAGGCAUUUAUGACAGAGGGAAGGAGCUCAACUACAAAAUCCUCAAAGACCUCGGCUUCAUAGCUGCCAUGGGAAAGGCAGGAGGCGGGAGGAACGAGGUGGAUACCCGCUUUGUUUCCCUCUUCAGUGUCUUCAGCAUCCCCUUCCCUGCACUGGAGUCCCUCAAGCUCAUCUAUGCUUCCAUUAUCAAAGGCCACACUAGACCAUUUGAGGACGCCAUACAGAAGGCUUGUGAUAAAGUCAUCGUCUGCACGCUGGAACUGUACAACAACAUCAUCAAAGAUCUGCCGCCCACUCCCUCCAAGUUCCACUACAUCUUCAACCUGAGGGACCUGUCGCGAGUGUACAAUGGGCUGACCCUGACCAAACCUGACAGGUUUCUAACUGUCACCCAGUUUGUGCGUGUCUGGAGGAAUGAGUGCCUGAGAAUCUUCCAUGACAGGCUCAUUGAUCAAACUGACAAAGCCUUGGUCCAAGGACACAUAAAGAACCUGAUUGAGGAGCAUUUCAGGUCGGACACGGAGGCAGUCAUGAGGGACCCAAUUCUUUUUGGAGACUACAGGAUGGCCCUCAGUGAGACUGAACCGAGGGUCUACGAGGACAUGCAGGACUAUGAUGCUUCAAAAGCCCUGUUUCAGGAGAUUUUGGAGGAGUACAACGAGAACAUGUCCAGGAUGAACCUGGUGCUGUUUGAUGACGCUCUGGAACAUCUGACCCGGGUUCACCGCAUCAUCCGCAUAGAACGAGGCCACGCCCUGCUCGUUGGUGUCGGGGGCUCCGGCAAGCAGUCCCUCACCAAACUUGCUGCUUUCACUGCCGGCUGUGAGGUGUUUGAGAUAACACUGAGCAGAGGAUACUGUGAGUCAAACCUCCGUGAUGACCUGAAAACACUGUACCUGAAGCUCGGCAUUGAAAAUAAGAAGACCGUGUUCCUCUUCACUGAUGCACAUGUGGCUGAGGAAGGCUUCCUGGAGCUUAUUAACAACAUGCUCACAUCAGGCAUCGUCCCUGCGUUGUUCCCUGAUGAUGAGAAAGAGUCGGUCCUCAACCAGCUACGUGAAGAAGCUCUUAACAUGGGAUCAGGUCCCUCUAAAGAGAGUAUUUGGCAGUACUUUGUCAACAAGAGUGCCAACAAUCUGCACAUCGUUUUAGGCAUGUCUCCAGUGGGAGACACCCUGAGGACACGCUGCAGGAACUUCCCAGGACUGAUGAACAACACAGUGAUAGACUGGUUCCUGCCAUGGCCUCCACAGGCUUUGCUUGCAGUGGCUCAGUCUUUCCUUGGUGAAAGUGCAAUGAUUCCUGAAGAACACUCUGCAGCUGUGAUAGCUCAUGUAUGCAUGGUGCACAGCUCUGUGGGCAACUACAGCAAGCUAUUCCUGCAAAAACUCAGACGUUGUAACUUUGUUACUCCAAAGAAUUACUUGGACUUCAUUAACGCAUACACCAACCUCCUGGAGGAAAAGGACCAAUACAUCCUGGCUCAGUGCAAACGUCUGGAGGGCGGUUUGGAUAAACUGAAGGAGGCCAGUGAGCAGCUAGCCAAGCUGAAUGUCAAGCUGGCAGACCAGAAGGUGAUUCUUGCUGAAAAGUCCACAGCCUGUGAGACCCUGUUGGAUGAGAUCAGCACAAACACAACAAUAGCUGAGGAGAAAAAGACUCUGGCAGAAGACAAAGCCAAAGAGAUCGAAGAGCAGAACAAGGUGAUAGCAGUUGAGAAGAAAGAAGCAGAAAGUUCCCUCGCUGAAGCUCUGCCGGCGUUAGAGGCGGCUCGCCUGGCCCUGCAAGACCUAGAAAAGUCUGACGUCACAGAGAUCCGAUCCUUUGCCAAGCCACCCAAACAGGUGCAGGUAGUCUGCGAGUGCAUUCUGGUCAUGCGUGGCCACAAGGAUGUCAGCUGGCAGGCGGCUAAAGGAAUGAUGUCAGAGGCUAACUUCUUGCGCUCUCUGAUGGAGAUGGACUGUGAUUCCAUAAGUAACAACCAGGUCAGGACUGUCAAAGGCUUCCUGAAGAAUCUCCAGACGAGCAUUGAGGAGAUGCAGGCGAUCAGUAAGGCUGGAUCAGGAAUGUUUAAGUUUGUCGAGGCCAUCAUGGGUUACUGCGAGGUUGCCAGGGAGAUCAAACCGAAGAGAGAGAAGGUGGCACGUCUGGAGAAGAAUUUCUUUCGGAGUAAGCACGAGUUUGAGGGCAUUCAGAGCGAGCUCAGUAAUAUCCAGAAAGAGUUGCAGACUCUUGGAGAGAAGUACCAAGCUGCCCUCACUGAGAAAGAUAUGCUGCAAGAGGAGGCAGAGCUCAUGGAGAGGAGGCUGAUAGCUGCUGACAAACUAAUAUCAGGCCUGAGCUCCGAGAAUGAACGAUGGACUCAGGAUUUGGAGGAGCUGAAGCAGCGGCGUGUGCGUCUCCUGGGCGACUGCCUGAUCUCUGCUGCUUUCCUGAGCUACGAGGGGGCCUUCAGCUGGGAUUUUAGGAAUGAAAUGGUUUACGAAGUGUGGGUCAAAGAUGUACAGGAGAGAGGAAUCCCCUUGAGUCAGCCUUUCAGAAUAGAAAGCCUUCUAACUGAUGAGGUUGAAAUCAGCAAAUGGGGCUCAGAGGGCUUGCCUCCAGAUGAGCUGUCAGUGCAGAACGGAAUCCUCACAACCAGAGGGUGCAGAUUUCCACUGUGCAUCGACCCUCAACAACAAGCCCUCAACUGGAUUAAGAAGAAAGAAGAAAACAACAACCUCAAGAUUUCAUCUUUCAACGAUCCAGACUUCCUGAAGCACCUUGAGAUGGCCAUCAAAUAUGGCUUCCCUUUCCUUUUCCAAGAUGUGGAUGAAUACAUCGACCCCGUGAUUGAUACCGUCCUGGAGAGGAAUGUUAAAGGAGCAGAGGGCAGGCAGGUCAUCAUGCUGGGCGACAAGGAGGUUGACUUUGAUCCCAACUUUAAACUGUACCUCAACACAAAGCUGUCCAACCCCAAAUAUUCCCCUUCAGUGUUUGGAAAAGCCAUGGUCAUCAACUAUACAGUGACACUGAAGGGCCUGGAGGACCAGCUGCUGAGUGUUAUCAUGGGCUUCGAGAAGAAGGAGCUGGAGGAGCAGCGUGAGCACUUGAUCCAAGAGACAAGCAACAACAAGAAGCUGCUGAAGAACCUCGGGGACUCGCUGCUCAGAGAGCUGGCCACAUCUACAGGAAACAUGCUGGAUAACACAGAGCUGGUUUACACGUUGGAGGAAACUAAGUCCAAAUCCAGCGAGGUGUUUGAGAAACUGAAGUUGGCUGAGGAGACAGCCAGGAACAUCGAUGAACUCAGAGAUGGUUACCGACCGGCUGCCAAGCGCGGUGCCAUCCUGUUCUUCGUGCUGACAGAAAUGGCUCUGGUGAACAGCAUGUACCAGUACUCUCUGGCCUCAUACCUGGAAGUGUUUGAUUUUUCUCUGCGCAAAUCUCUUUCCAACUCUGUCCUGCCCCGAAGACUGAAGAACAUCAUGAGCACUCUGACGUACAACGUCUACAACUACGGGUGCACAGGUCUGUUUGAGAGACACAAGCUGCUCUUUUCCUUCAAUAUGACCAUCAAGAUAGAGCAGGCGGAGGGGAGGGCUCCUCAGGAGGAGCUGGAGUUUUUUAUUAAGGGAAAUCUAUCCCUGGAAAAGAGCACACGCAAAAAGCCGUGUGACUGGCUCCCGGGUCAGGGCUGGGAGGACAUAGUGAAACUGGCAGAGCUCUUUCCUGAGCAGUUUGGCUCUCUGCCUGACGAUGUGGAGAAAAAUUCCACUGACUGGAAGUCUUGGUACGACUUAGAUGGUCCUGAGCAGGCUACAUUCCCCAUGAAAUACGACGAGAGCCUGUCGGCCUUUCAGAAGCUGCUCCUGCUGCGCUGCUUUCGUGUCGACAGAGUCUACAGAGCUGUGACCGACUACGUCACGGUCACCAUGGGCGAGAAAUACGUACAGCCUCCUGUGAUCAGCUAUGAUACAAUCUAUGAGCAGAGCACACCUUUCUCCCCGAUUGUGUUCAUCCUGAGCCCCGGCUCCGACCCAGGAAGUGACCUCAUGAAGCUAGCAGAGAGGUCUGGCUUUGAAGGAAGCAAGUUCAAGUUCCUCGCUAUGGGCCAAGGCCAAGAGAAGGUGGCGCUGCAGUUGCUGAAGAUAGCGGUGGCCCGUGGUCAGUGGUUGAUGCUGCAGAACUGCCACCUGCUGGUUAAAUGGCUCAAAGAUUUGGAGAAGUCCUUAGAGAGGAUCACCAAGCCCCACUCCAGCUUCCGCUUGUGGAUCACCACCAACCCCAUUCUGGAUUUCCCAAUUGGCAUUCUACAGAAGUCUCUAAAGGUGGUGACGGAGCCUCCCAACGGCCUCAAGCUGAACAUGAGAGCCACGUUCUCUAAAAUCUCCCAUGAGACCUUGACUCAGUGUCCACACCCGGCUUUCCGCAGCCUGGUGUACGUGCUCGCCUUCUUCCACGCUGUCGUCCAAGAGAGACGCAAGUACGGCAAGAUUGGCUGGAACGUCCCCUACGACUUCAACGAGUCCGACUUCUUAGUGUGUAUGGAGAUCCUAAACACCUACCUGACUAAAGCUCACAACCAGGGAGACAGUAAUAUCCCGUGGGGAAGCCUUAAAUACCUGGUUGGGGAGGUGAUGUAUGGUGGGCGAGCCAUAGAUAGCUUCGACCGCAGGAUCCUGACUGUCUACAUGGAUGAGUACCUCGGAGACUUCCUCUUCUACACCUUCCGAGCCUUCCACUUUUUCAGCAACAAGGAUGUCGAUUACAAAAUCCCUCCGAAUGGGCCUAAGAGUGCAUAUGUUGAUGAGAUUGAAUCCCUGCCGCUGGCAAACACACCAGAGGUUAUGGGUCUUCACUCCAACGCAGAGAUAGGAUACUACACUCAGGCUGCUAAGGACAUGUGGACCCACCUCAUCGACCUGCAGCCUCAGACAGGGGAUUCUGGUGGAAGCAUCAGUAGAGAUGAGUACAUCAGCCAGGUGGCUCAGGACAUCCAGAACAAGCUGCCCAAGCUUUACGACAUGGACGUGAUCCGUAAAAAGUUUGGCGCCGACGUCUCCCCGACCACGGUGGUGCUGCUUCAAGAACUGGAGCGCUUCAACAAACUGGUGGUCCGAAUGCAGCGCUCUCUGGCUGAGCUGCAGAGGGCGCUGGCUGGUGAGGUGGGUAUGAGCAGUGAGUUGGAUGAGGUCGCUCGGGCUCUUUUUAACGGCCACAUCCCGGCUAUUUGGAAGAAGUUGGCACCUGACACUCUGAAGUCCCUCGGCAACUGGAUGGGCCACUUUAAGAGGCGCUUUGAACAGUAUAGUUACUGGGUGGACAAGGGAGAGCCAAAGGUCAUGUGGCUAUCAGGACUCCAUAUCCCAGAAUCCUACCUGACUGCCCUGGUCCAAGCAGCUUGUAGGAAAAACGGUUGGCCUCUGGAUCUGUCCACACUGUACACACAGGUGACCCAGUACCGCAGUGACGACGAAGUCAGUGACAGACCUGGACAGGGCUGCUUCGUGUCGGGCCUGUAUUUGGAGGGAGCAGACUGGGAUACAGAAAACGGCUGCCUCGUGAAGAGUAAACCAAAAGUUCUGGUUGUUGAACUGCCCAUUCUCAGAGUCAUCCCCAUAGAGACGCGUCGCCUCAGGUUACAGAAUACACUGCGGACACCCGUGUACACCACGUCCCUGCGGAGGAAUGCGAUGGGCGUGGGGUUGGUGUUUGAGGCCGACCUGUUCACCACCAUGCACAUCUCCCACUGGGUGCUACAGGGAGUCUGCUUAUGCCUCAACGCUGACUGAAGAAAUGCCUCAUCCUCACUGAGCUGGUUAGCCGUUAUGCAGUCUGUUCCAACAUGUUAGUUAAUAUUUAUGAUGCCGGAUUUCUGCUCUCAGAGGAACAAAAAAAUCAUUUAUUCCUCUGUCUACACCGCGUAUAACAUGGAAACAAAUCAUUAAUGAUGAAAGGUAGAAACAUGCUUUUAAAAUAAAUUGGUUGAAACAUAAAAACUAGAUGAAACGUUGGAUCAUUUGAGCUUUCAUUAUUUUUUCACUAGAUGGCAGCACACAACAGAACUGAGCUCUUCACACUGGGCAGCAGCUCAGGGCUUCAUCUGAAGUGUAAAACAACUUCAGGAGGCUAAAAGUCUACCACUGUUUACAAUGAAUAAAGGUUUGCAUUGUGUUCAUCAUAUUUGUUUUGUACAGACAGUAGAUGCUGAGUAUUGAUGCUGCGGUCGUAAGGGGAACAUGAA